UUUCAACUUCAACUUAUUCAAGAAAAAAAUCAAAGACUUUACAGACGUAAUUAAGCGAUCAGUUUAUUAUUAAUUUUAUACAUACCUACGUUAUGAUAGUUAUCUCCAUGUAACGGUUGUGAGAUAUCGUCGAUACAUAAAAUAUUUGGGGCUCCACCGAAAAUUGUGUUAGUUUUAUUACGUAGCAUAAUGGCAGCAUAUCCCAAUCAAACAAACAGCCCCCCACAAACAAUGGGUUCAACUAAUACAGUUUUCCUAACAGAAACAAGGUUUGACUCUUCAUAUAUCAAGACACCUCCUGGUAUAAUGAAAAUUGUAGUCAUUGUUUUAAAUCUUCUUGGCUUCAUCUGCAUACAAUCAUCAGCAUUUUGGAACAAUGGUAGAGGAGUGUACUUCAAUAUAGUAGCUCACAUUGGACUCUGGUUCUCGGGGAUCCUUCUUUUGCUGUACUUGUUCCAUAUAGUGGAGAAGUAUCACAAGUUCAAGUGGCUUGUAAUAGAGAUGAUUGUCUACGGGGUUAUUGCAUUUCUCUACCUGAUUGCGUCAACUAUUGUUGUUGCUUUCGGCUCAGCUGCAUACUCUGCUGGUGGGUUCUUCGGGUACUUGGCAAUGGUGGUGUACGGGGCGGACGCAUUCCUGAAGAUGCGGGCGUGGCGCGCAGGCGAACUCGCGCAGGGACACCGCGUGAUGACCAAGCAGACGCACGUCACCGCGCCGCCCGCAUUGCCGUAGCUCGCACCACGCCUCACAAAACAUUACGGUACAACACAAUGGAUAGGCCCAUGCAUCAAAUAAUUACCUGCACUGCGUCCAAAUAUAUCAUCUAUUUAUUUUUAAAGGAUAUUGAAAAGUAUUGAUGAUGCGGGUACUGUAAAAGUUAUUACGUCGAAAACUACUGAAAUUAAACGAUUUUUGCCAGAGAGGAAAGAGAUAUGUAUUCAGCAAGCGUUCAACAAGUACAGACUUUUAGAAUGGUUAAAAAUUCAAAUUGGGAUUAACGAAAUCUUGGUUUGUGUGGUACUCCACUAGUGAUUGAAAAAUGUUGCUCCUCACAAAAUUGUAGGCGCUUAGCGUAACGGCGUAUUGGUGCGAACAGGUACUGUUGCAUUAUUUUGAAUCAAAUGAGCGUCUUUAUAUUAUUUAUAGUAUGCACAUCAAAAAUUUUAUGCAAUUGAAAAGCGUGUGUUAUUAAAGUUUUUAAGGUUUUGACCGUUUCGCUUUGUUGCUUAUGCAGACUGUAAAAAAGAAUUAUUAAGAAGUGUUUCAAUGAUGAAUAGAACCAUUGGAGUUAAUUCUUGACAGAUUUUUAAUUGCACUUUAAUGCAAUUAUUUUGUAUUUUAUACAAUCAGUAUUUUUGUUACGACGCUUUUUAACUAUUUUUAAUGUAAGUCUAAAAAUGUAACCAGAGAUAUAAGACUAGGAAUAUCUGAUCACAAGUUAACAAUAAAAGUCAUCAACUUGUCUUAUCGACCCAGACAAUGUUGUUACAAAAAGCCGAAACCCCCCCCCCCUCCGCCCGGCGCUGUGCGAUAGAACGAGUCGACUAUAUGUUUAUCUCUCGCUCACACAUGAGCAUGAGAUCUUCGCUAUAUCACAUGCUAACUUUAUUUAAUUACUCACAAACAAUGGAGUAUAAGAAAACAUUUUUUUAUUUAGUCAUGCAAAAAAAUAUAAUUAUUUUGUAAAAAUUGCCAGAGCAGUGUUUUAAUGUUCACACGAUCAUUUUAAUUUAUUUUGGCUUAAUGAACACACUAUAUUUACAAAACGAUGUACUUAAAAUAUUUAUUAGUUAACUUUCUAGUCCAUAAGCAUUCAUUGUAUAUUUUCCUUACAAUUACUUACAAUGUCUUUUACUGUGCGGCUUUAAGUUUAAUUAAGUUAUAAUAAAUAUAAUAGACACAAUGAUUAGCUUCGCUAGUAAACAGUUGUCCUUAAUAUACUAAUAUUAAAUGGUUUGGUGCUAACUGAGUAUCAUUAUAUGUAGUCAAUAUCAACACUUAAUUAAAUUAAUGUAUAUUUUCAUACAAAAAGCUUUGUAAAUAUGUAAUGUUUAAGCGUUAUUUUAAACUUUAUAUUAUCACUAUUUUAAUGUGACAUUUUAUAGAUCCGCAAAGUUGCUCCGUCCUUCAUCCAGCACUGCUCAUGCUUGUGCCAAAACAUAUUAUAUAUGUGUACCCUUAUUAAUUAAUAGCUGUAAAGUUUUAAAACAAACUCACCUCGUAUUUAGACCAACGAGACUUUGAAAAAGCCUAAAAACUGCAGUAUAUUACUUCUCAACAUCUGCCGAAGGAAUAUCAUCUUUUUAUAGUCAUUUUCACCCUCCCCACCCAAUUUAUAUCUUUAGGGGAUGAAUUUAGUCAAAAUCUAUUAUAGUGCUCACGUCACCGUUGGGUUCUGAGACCAAAUCUCUGUAUAAAACAUCUUUGACAAAACAGUUAUAACAAUAUGUUUUAAGCGCGA